CGAUCUAUUUUUCUCUCCCUGCAAUUCUGCUCUGUGUCUAAUUUUUGUUGAAUUUUUUUUUUGUGUGUUAAAUUGUGAGGUUUCGAUUACUGGAUCGGAUUCAUUAGGUUUUUUUGGCGAUUUUAUUUUGGGAUUUUUCACUGAAACCGUAAAAAGAUUGAGAAUUGGAUGGUGAAUUGCUGCUGGGGUUGAGUAGAUGAGGUUAUACUUGGAAUAGUGAUUUGAAUGUCAUAGAACUGGUAAUAACAUUUGCGACCAAAGAAGCUAAGCAUUGAAUAGGGGCUUUAUUUGCUACCUUUUAAAGAUAUUAUUGGGAGAUGGCAGAGAAAUCAUGCAUCAAGCGCCUACAGAAGGAAUAUAGAGCACUGUGUAAGGAACCAGUUUCUCAUGUUGUGGCCCGUCCUUCCCCAAAUGACAUUCUCGAAUGGCAUUACGUUUUGGAGGGAAGCGAAGGAACACCUUUUGCAGGUGGAUAUUACUAUGGAAAGAUCAAGUUUCCUCCAGAGUAUCCCUAUAAACCACCAGGAAUCAGCAUGACUACUCCCAAUGGACGAUUCAUGACUCAGAAGAAAAUUUGUUUGUCUAUGAGCGAUUUUCAUCCUGAAAGUUGGAAUCCAAUGUGGUCCGUGUCAAGCAUACUUACAGGGCUUCUUUCAUUUAUGAUGGACAACAGUCCUACAACUGGCAGUGUGAACACUACUGUAGCUGAGAAGCAACGUUUGGCAAAGACUUCUCUUGCUUUUAACGCUAAGAAUGUCACAUUUCGCAAGAUGUUCCCAGAGUAUGUGGAGAAGUAUAACCAGCAGCAGCAGCAGCUUUCUGAGCAGCUGAAUCAAGAGCAGGUGGCCUCUGAAUCAUCUCAAGAAAAUUCCAAGCCCUUGUUGGAAAAGGUCGACGAUUCCACGGCAGGAGGUAUGAAAACAGUAGGUGCCCUAAAGGACAUGAGGAAAAACAAAAAGCAGUCAUUCCCAACUUGGAUGAUGUUAUUGCUCAUUUCUAUCUUUGGCGUUGUAAUGGCUCUGCCUCUACUUCAACUUUAAUAUCAUACAGCCCGAAUAGAAAAUUUAUUGGGGUUGAUAGACAAAAAGCUUUUGCAAGUUGAGAUGAGACUCGUUUCAAAAUACUCCUAGGUUUAUCUUGUAUCUAUUAUAAUUUUGUAUAGGAGGUUAAUACCCAAUGUCAGUUGAACCACUUGGCUGAUGUCUUUUCCUUCUACUUCGAUGUUUUGUUGCACUUUGUCAAUGUUCAAACAUUAGAAAUGUUGGUUAUGUUAUUUUUAACCUAGUGGAGUUCCCUCUAUUUAUCUCUCAAGAUGA